CAAGGUUGUCUGAUAUGCGCAUGUACGAAUUGAUGAAAUAUCUUUGAUCGUGAUGGUGCCCCACCUUCGUUCCAUCGAUUUUGAGCGCAGAGACGCGGCCGUGGAAUUCCUCUGCACAUGGCUGCCAGCGGAGGGCCGAUUCUUCCCGACGCCGAAAUCCCAUUUCUUCCCGAAGAAGAGGCCGUCGAUGGCUCUGUCGAUUUCAAAGGCCGACCCGCCCUUCGAUCAAAAACGGGGCGGUGGAGAUCCGCAUCCUUCAUCAUUGGUGUUGAAGUGGCGGAGAGGUUUGCCUACUAUGGGAUUAGUUCGAACCUCAUAAGCUAUCUAACUGGUCCUCUUGGACAAUCAACAGCCGCCGCGGCGGCUAAUGUGAACGCCUGGUCCGGAACUGCGUCUCUUCUGCCGCUCUUUGGUGCCUUCAUUGCCGACUCAUUUCUUGGCCGGUACAGGACAAUUGCCAUCUCCUCCCUUCUGUAUACCCUGGGACUGGGCUUCCUUACUAUCUCCGCUACCCUUCCUUUUUGGUCUAAUGACUGUCCAGAAGCUACAAAGUCUGGUACCUGCUCUCCUCCUAUGUUCCAAAUUGUCUUCUUCUUCUUUUCGCUAUAUCUGGUUGCAUUAGCACAAGGUGGACACAAGCCAUGUGUUCAAGCUUUCGGGGCUGACCAGUUUGACACUCAAGAUCCAAAAGAGUGUAAAGCCAAAAGCUCAUUCUUCAACUGGUGGUAUUUCGGGAUGUGCUUUGGUGUUAUGGUUACACUAUGGAUUUUGAAUUAUAUUCAGGACAACCUUAGUUGGGGUCUUGGGUUUGGAAUCCCUUGUAUCAUGAUGGGUCUUGCUCUUGUUAUCUUCCUGCUUGGGACUGUUACUUAUCGUUUCCGUCAUGGCAGUGAUGAUAAGAAUCCAAUAGUGAGAAUUGGCCGUGUGUUUGUCAUUGCAUUUAGGAACCGGAAGACUAAUUUUACAUCCAUAUCACUGGAACAAGAUGCUCAAGGAAUUCUACCCAGUGAAACUUCUCAGCAGUUCAGGUUCCUAAACAAGGCAACACUUGCCCCUGAUGGUUCAAAGGAGGAUGGAAAAGUGUGUAGCAUCAGCGAGGUUGAUGAAGCAAAGGUCAUUCUCAGACUUGCACCGAUAUGGGUGACAUGUUUGGUGUAUGCGAUUGUGUUUUCACAAUCAUCCACCUUAUUCACAAAGCAAGGAGCAACAAUGAACAGAUCCAUUGGUUCAAACCUCAAAGUGCCAGCCGCCACUCUUCAAACCUUUGUUAGCCUUUCCGUGGUUAUCUUUAUUCCAAUUUACGACUGCGUUUUUGUUCCUAUUAUGAGAGCUGCGACUGGAAGGCCCUCUGGAAUAACAAUGCUUCAAAGGAUAGGAAUAGGGGUAUUCUUGUCAGUUCUUUCUAUGUUGGUUGCAGCCGUAGUUGAGAAGAAGCGUCUUCAAACUGCUUCAGACUUUGGGUUGAUUGACAAGCCUGAGGCCACCAUUCCCAUGAGUGUGUGGUGGUUGAUACCACAAUAUGUACUGUUUGGCAUUUCUGAUGUGUUCACCAUGGUUGGCCUACAAGAGUUUUUCUAUGAUCAGGUUCCCAAGGAAAUAAAAAGCAUAGGUCUUGCUUUAUACCUCAGUAUAUUUGGCAUUGGCAGCUUUCUUAGUAGCUUUCUCAUCUCUAUUGUUGAGCAAACCACUGCCGGUAAAGAUGAUGAUGGAGGUUGGUUUUCAGACAACUUGAAUAGAGCACAUCUCGAUUACUUCUAUUGGCUUCUUGCUGUACUUUCUGCGUUUUCAUUGCUUUGUUACCUAUAUGUAUCAAGAUCUUAUAUAUACUAUAAAGCUAAUUUCGUAUAAAUGCAUACGUGUGGAAACCACUACGCAAACUCAAACUUUGAUUGAGGUAAAGAAUCAAUUCCCUGGCUAAUCGACUCAAAAUUGCCUCCGGAUAAAGACAUUGUCAAAUUAUUGCAUACGUUUUUUUUGUAAUGUCCUUUGUAUCAAUCAAAGUUGUUGUAUCUCCUUAAUUCAACGUCAGCUUAUAUUUGCCCC